AGGGUUCCAUCUGUUACCUUAAACCUUUGUUCUCAAGUUGCACAGAGAGCAUAUGCUGGAAAAUACACUUUGCUAAAGGUUUCGCUGGGGACUGAUUCUUUCCCCCCCCUACCCCCCAAGUUGCUUGAAUGCCUUUUAGGAUUAUAUAUGCCAGCCCAACAGAAGAAAGUUGUUUUCUGCAUAGCUGGUGUGUUAAGUUUUGCUUGUGCUCUGAGCAUUGCAGGAGCCAUAGGAACUCAGCUGUGGAUCAAAGGAAGAAUCCUUUGCAAAACGGGAGCCCUGCUUGUCAAUGCGACUGGACCAGAAUUAGAGAAGUUUAUUGGUGAAAUCCGGUAUGGACUUUUCUAUGGAGAGAGAGUUAGACAAUGUGGGCUAGGAGGGAGACCUUUUCAGUUUUCAUUUUUUCCAGAUCUCUUUAAAAUUAUCCCUGCAAGUAUCCACGUUAGUGUCAUCGUCUUCUGUAUGGUGUUCUUAGUGUUUGCCCUAAUUGGAACUGGGUUCUUCAUGUACAAUGCGUUUGGCAAGCCCUAUGAAACACUGCAUGGUCCAUUAGGACUGUACCUAUGGAGCUUCAUUUCAUUUUCUUGUGGUUGUCUGAUCAUGAUACUCUUUUCAUCAGAAGUGAAAAUCCAUCACCUUUCCGAGAAAAUAGCUAAUUACAAAGAAGGAACCUUUAUAUAUAAGACUCACCGCGAGCAGUUUGCAGAUUCCUUUUGGAUCAUCCUAGUGUGCUCAUUGGUACACUUUCUGAACAUUUUGCUAAUACGUCUUGCUGGAUUUGAAUUUCCUUUUUCAAAGUCAAAAGAUUCAGAGACAGCAAAUGGAGCAGUCGAUCUAAUGUAUUAGGCAUAUUUUGAUUUACAUGUAUUGGCUCUACUCAAACGGCACCAAAUAUAAAUGUCUUUAAUCGAGCAUGAGCCAAGGACAUUUAAAGAUAUAUACUAGCACAUAAACUAUCUCAGCUAUGUGUUAUGGUUAUAUUCAAGAGUUCUACUAUUCUCAGUACAUGAUAACUUUUUAGUUGAAUCUUGAGGUUCCUUUUUUCUACAUAAAGGAUCCUUCAGUCAUUCCAUGAAUAGAAGGAGCUUUCCAAAAAUGUAAGAUUGUUCACUGAGCAGUAGGGAACAGAAGGAUCCAGCCGACCAUUUGUUCCUCUAGACUGGAGUACUAGAGAGAUGUAAUACAAGAAAAAUAUCCAUUUCCCAAGGUUAAAUGAAGCAGACAUCAAAACAAGCAGCCUCUUCAGUAGUAAGUCAAUUGAGUAUGUUCAUAAACAUUUGUGCAUGAUGAAAUACAUUACUACUAAAAAAUCUGUGUAUCAGAUUCAGACUACGCAUAAGAAGCAAAUGUCUAGCCUAGAAAACUGAAGUAAAGGUUGCUUUGUGAAAAGGUGCAAAUCAGCAGCAUAGAUUCUGUUUACUGAGAGUUAGUUUAGAUGCUAAUGUCUAUUUCGAAAGAUGUUGUUCAGUGAACUGUGUUUCGUGUUAAGUGUUCGAAGAGCGAGACUUAAAUGCUUUACCUACAACUUUUUAUUUACCAUGAGACCGAACAUUUUUGCUCUUGUUUUGUAAAACCUUACUGCUAUUUUCACUUUUAGAACUGUCAGUUUAAAAUCUCAGGUCUGUUCCUUCUGAUGUGCAUAAUGAUGAUUCAAGCAUGGAAUAAAUGCUUUCCCUC